UAUCCGUGCAAAGUGGCCAGAGACAGAUCACGUUGAUGUUACCUAGAACCGCUAAAAGAAAUGUUUCCAGGCAACGUGUCCCCAGUGUGGUCCACAUUGAAGCAUCUGAUGCUGUAGAAAUUCAUGAACACAUGUUCCAAACUCCACAUAAUUCAUUGACCCAUUUACUUAAAACCAGCAAAGAAGAGCAUAGUAAUUGUGCAGAACAGGAAAAUAUUCACAAAACAGAAAGAUGUUCAAAGCCUGAGGAAAUUCAGAAAUCCAGCAACCAGGUGACCUCAUGCAGUGUUGAAAAUCCAACUGAUGUUUUGGAUCUCCUGAAGAUGUCUAUGAAAGGGACCAGUAGCUACGGUGGUGAUGGAGAUGAGUCGG